AAUUUUUCUUGUAGAAACAUUUUCGUUUUUGAAGAGGUGGGACACUGUUCUGGUCGGAGAACGCAUUGGCUAUCGAUGUAUGUGUCGUAUUGUCGUUCGAUAAGAAAUUUUGAAAAUGUGGCGUGGUGAUGUUGUGGGCAUGUGACAAUGAUAAUUUGCUGUAGUGAAGUAGUUAUAAGCCGUUACGUCAUUUUGAGUUCCUUUACAAAGGAAAAUAAAAUUGAGUUGGUGACAAAAUUUAAGGGCAUGUUUCAAGGACUAAGACCUGGACAAACAUUGAAGAAAUACAAGAAAUAUGAAUGACUGUUCUGAUCAGCUGCUGUUCCUUUUGCCAUUCUUGAACAAAAGGCAAAAUAGCAACAGUGGUCCAGAAGACUUUAAAACCCCCACUGGAACAAUCAAUUAGGUGUACUGCCAGUAUUUUAGAAUCUUCAGAGGAACCUUCUGAGUUAUUAAACAUUGAUGAAGAUACAGGAAUCAGCCACAACCAGCACAAGUACUUGUCGACAGUCUUCAGUGUCAUCAGUGCCCAGGAAAAAAAUGAAGGCAAGAAGUUGUUACAAAGAACACCUUCUACAGAUUAAAAAAAUUUUAAAAAAAAAGGAAAAAAAAACCAAUGAAGUAGUUGCCGAGGACAUGGAUUUUAUACUAUCUUUAGUGCCUUCAUGACAAAGGCUGAAUCAAGAAGAAAAAUUGAAAUUAAGAAUUAAAUUCCUGCGGGCAGUUGCUGAUGCAGAACGAUCAAGUGGAUCUCAGUCAUCAGUCGCAGAAGAGAUAUCGUUGAGGUGCACUUGUUUGAAUCAGAAUAAGAGAUGGAAUCCAAAAUUUUCGGGACUGGUGCUGCCAUCUGGAAAGUAGGAGUAGUAGAUCUUUGCACCGCUAGGUGGCGAGAGUUGCAUAUCUGAUGAGUCAGUGUGCGGAGUGGAAUUCAACUGGGAGGACGUGUUGCGUAUCCACAGUGAUUUCCGUGAUACUCUGUGUUUGGUGUGUGGUGAUUUUACGAUGGAUCCGCAAACAGAGCAGCGCGUGUGUAUCAAAUUCUGUGCGAAUCUCUGGAAAAGUGCUACGGAGACCCUUGCAAUGAUUCAACAAAUGUUUGGGGGGCAGAGCAUGAGCCGUACGCCGGUGUUUGAGUAGCAUGCUUGGCUCAGGGCCAGCCGUGCGGACGUUGAAGACUGGAAGGCCCAUAAGCUGCACAACACUAGACGUUGUUGCCAAACUUCAACAUCUGGUUAAUGCUGAUCGACGUCGAACCAUUUAAGACCUUGCGGAUGAAGUGGGUAUUGGUUAUGGGACAUGUCAACUAAUGUUGACUGAUGAAUUGGGCAUGCAUCGUGUCACCGCAAAAUUUGUGCCGAGGAUCUUGACUGCCGAUCAGAGGGCACAGUGUGUUGAAGUGUGCAUGGACCUUCGUCAGACCGCAUCUGAUGAUCCAACCUUCUUGUCACAUGUUCUCACUGACAACGAAAGCUGGAUUUACAGUUCUGACCCAGAGACAAAGCAACAAUCGUCCCAGUUGAAGAGUCUGGGGUCUCGAAGACCCAAAAAAGCGAGAAGGUGAAGAGCAAAGUGAAGAAAAUGAUCAUCGUUUUCUUUGAUACCAAGGGAAUUGUGCACAGAGAAUUUGUUCCACCCAACCAAACAGUGAAUUCUUCAUACUACUGUGAUGUUUUGUGAUGGCUCCGUGAGAACGUGCGGCGACAACAGCCUGAACUUUGGUGUCAAGGGAACUGGCUGCUGUAUCACGACAACGCGCCCUGUCACACUUCCUUGUUCACCAGGACCUUUUUCGCAAAAACAACAUGGCGGUUGUACCUCACCCACUGUACUCUCCAGAUUUGGCACCUUGCGACUUCGCGCUAUUCCCAAAACUGAAACUCAAGGUGAAAGAGAGUCAUUCCAUGUCAAAUCAAUACACUUUAAACAAAAAUUUUACCUCACCCUCUUAGAUUUUGCUGAAAGUUUGUAUACUUAUAGUGGGUGCUGAAACUAAGAAAAAAACAAAUUUCAAUUUUUUUACCUCAAACCUUUCCUGAAAUAUGGUCAUGUAAACUUUUCAAAAACUGGCCAAAAAUGUUUGAGCGGACUGUUUUUAAAUUGCUCUAGGAGCUGCCCUAAUUGAGCUAGAGAACUGGGAAAGGUGUCAUUUUGCAGCAUUUUUCAUGAUCUUUCCAGUGAUAGAAAAAAAAAUAUAGCUUCUAAUUAAUAACCUUUUUCAAAAUGGUAAUUGAUAUUUUGAGACUCACAGGAAGCGUGCAAGGGAUAAGUCCCUGCAAUCGCGCUAUUCAUCUGUGUCCUCGGUGGCACACAUUUUCAGCUGUCCACAUCGAGGUAUAACAACAACACCUGUCGGCAGCUGAGGUUGUCAGUUAGUCAUCAUUUAUUCCAGGGAGGAGCUGCAUGGUCAUCAACAGUAACUGUUCUUUCGAGAACUAGUUACUGUCUUCGUAUAUAUAGUUAAAGGCUACCCAGCCAUUGACCUUCGUCUGUGCGAAUGCGCACAGGUUGCCCAAACUCUUACGGGAAUCGCCAAAGCGUGCGUGAGUAAUGAGUGGGUGGGCAAAUGUCUAUAAGGUACAAUACACAUGUAGAAUUGUGGACAGUUGGGAAUGUGAGUCUCACGGGAAGCGUGCAAGGGAUAAGUCCCUGCAAUCGCGCUAUUCAUCUGUGUCUUCGGUGGCUCAGAUGGAUAGAGCGUCUGCCAUGUAAGCAGGAGAUCCCGGGCUCGAGUCCCGGUCGGGGCACACAUUUUCAGCUGUCCACAUCUAGGUAUAACAACAACACCUGUCGGCAGCUGAGGUUGUCAGUUAGUCAUCAUUUAUUCAUCCUUUUGUUAUAUAUUACAAACAGGAAGACAAAAUUGAGCAUAUGAGCUUUGUCAUUGUUUCUGAUUGCCUAGAGCACAAUACAAUUGCGGUUUACACCUUUCAAAAGAAGCUAAUUUCGUAUCUAACAAAUAAAUUUCAAAAGAUUCCAAAAAAGAUAUACUAUUAUUCUGACAGUUCUGCCGCUCAGUAUAAAAAUAAGAAAAACUUCCUGAACCUUUGCCUUCAUGAGGAAGAUUUCAACAUAAAAGCUGAGUGGCACUUUUGAGCCACAGCACAUGGGAAAGGGCCUUGUGAUGGAGUAGGGGGUUCAGUAAAGAGACUGGCCGCUCGUGCAAGUUUGCAAAGGCCAUACCAAAAUCAGAUCCAAACCGCACGAGAUCUAUUUGAGUGGGCAGUAGAUAAUAUCACAAAUGUUGAUUUUGCAUAUUCCACUCAAGAAGACUAUGCUGCUUCAUAAAUAUUCUUAAAAAGCCAACUUGAAGAGUCACUGACAAUCAGAGGAACACAGCAAUUUCACGCUUUCAUUCCCAACACUACAUCAAAAUCAAUAGUCAAAUACUUCUCAGGUGAUAUGCAGAGUUGGGAGAGGGAAGUAACUACAUCACCAGACAAACUGAAGUUACAAGAUGUAUCAGGCUAUGUCACCACUGUAUAUGGCAGAAACUGGUGGCUUGGGUACAUUUUAGAAAAAAACGAAGAACUUGAUGAAGUGAAAAUAACUUUUCUUCAUCCAUGUGGACCAGCUAAGUCAUUCUCUUAUCCUGCACAUGCAGAUGUCCUGUGGGGUGUCAGUUGUGGAUGUUCUCACAAAAGUGAAUCCAUUUACUCCGACAGGGAGAACAUACAUUCUUAAUGAGUGAUGUAAACCAAACCCAGUCAGCUUUAUUAAAAUGCAAUAUGUGAAGUUCCAAGACAAUUUAUUGGGAAACUACUUUCAACUCAAAACUUAAUUUUUGUCUCAGGUUAGUGUUAAUGUAUAUUUUAUAGAAAGUUGUUUCAAAAUUAUUGUUAGUACCUAUUGUGUUAAAUUUAGCUAUGUACAGAUACCUGUUACUCAAAAACAAGCAUUACGCAUUUAAUUUGUUUAUUAGUUCCAUUUCAACCAUCAUGGACCAGAACUGUUAUGUAAAUACUUGUACUUAUUCAUACUUUAUUUCAGUUUGUAGUUAAAUGCUCAAUUUCUUGUUUUUGUUAUAUCAGUUAAUAUACUGUUAGUGAAGUUGUAUGAAAUUACAAUAAGAAAUCAACUUAAUUAUAAAAUAUGCUGAUUAGUUUUGGUUUAAUAAGGUGAUGUUUUGAUGUUUCUAAUCCUUUUUUUACUUACCUUUCAGUAUAUUUUAAAGAAAUUCCUGUUUGUUAAAGGUCAAUUUGGUCAAACUAGGGCCGUUAGUGAAAAACAAGAGUCCGGAAUAAUUUUUUUUUUAGCAAUGAACCCAUCAUCAUCCCAGAUUUAUAUUUUGUCAUGUGAUUUACAAUAGUAUAAAGUAGUUAUGGAAAUAUUUUGAAAAUUUUCAAUUGUGUACUUUUUGUAAAAAAAUUAAAAUUAAAUCAAAAUAUUAAUUAGUAUUUUGAAAAAGGUUAUUAAUUAGAAGCUAUGUUUUGUUGUAUAUCCCUGGAAAGAGAAAGCAAAAUGACACCUUUCCCAUUUCUCUAGCUCAAUUAGGGCAGCUCCUAGGACAAUUUAAAAAAAGUCCGUUCACACAUUUUUGGCUGGUUUUUGAAAAGUUUACAUAGCCAUAUUUCAGGAAUGGUUUGAGAUAAAAAAUUGAAAUUUGGUAUUUUUCUUAGUCUCAGUGCCCACUAUAAGUAUACCAACUUUCAGCAAAAUCUAAGAGGUUGAAGUAAAAUAGGUGUGUUGAUUUGACAUGGAAUGACUCAAGACCGUCGGUUCGACACUAGAGAUAAUUCAAGAAGCAUCGCUUGCGUUAAUAAACACCCUCAAAGAACAGGACUUCAGAAAACGUUUGACCAGUGGAAUAAGUGCUGGGACCAGUUUGUACAUGCGAAUGGGAACUACUUCGAGGGUUAUGGUGACCAUUAGGCCAAAGGAUUUGGCUCAGUAGUGUUCAGGACCAGUAACUUCUGCAGUUCGACACAAUGAGUUACGAGGAAACAACAGAAGAUUUAAAUAAAUCAGUUGGUGAAUUGGCCAACUUGAUGAAUGAUACUUUCACAUGCUGCAUGAGGAACUAUGAAGCUUUACUGCCUUACCUUGAGAGAAAUGAUACAACACCUAAAAUAUAUCGUAGAUUAGUGCAUGUUAAUAUAUUGUUGAACAAGUUAAAUGAAGAACUCGUAGGACUGAGAGUUGACUAUUUAACUCUGUCAUCAUAUGAACAAAAAGGGGAGCCUGUUCUGUCUGAGGGAACUAGGAAGAGAAGAGUCUCUGAGGUAAGCAGAAGCGGGGCCAAAAGUAUAAAGACGGAAAUACCAUUUUCCAGUAAUACUGAGUUUUCAGUUACAUUAUUUUCAGAGACUGGAAUCAGUAAGCACUCAGGGAAUUUUGUAUCAGUGGAUACUGAAGGAACAAAACACACAAACGUACAGAAGUCAGAUGUGCACUGUGCCAAAAAUAUAAAAUCAGAAGUACGUGACUCAGAUGAAGUUGUUGAUUUAGUUGAAUUCACUGCAGGUAGUAGUUACACUCCAACAGUUCAGACAGCAUGUGAUACUAUAAAUAAUGGGAUGACAGUACAUAUUGCUGGUGAUGAGAAAAAUCCAUGUGUGUCAGGUAGGCUUGUGGGAGGUAAUGCAUGUGCUAAACCUGCUGACAAAAUUACUCAGAAUAAAAGUAAUGAAGAGUGUGUUCGAUUGCAAAAUGUCAACAGUGAGACUGGCAAGCAAAAGGAAUGUGAAUCCAGUGGUGGUGGUGGUGGUGGUGGUGGUGGUGGUGGUGGUGAUAGUAAAGAUUACGACAUUCACAGAGGACUACAAGGAGAAGUUAGUUGUACAACUUCUGUGUCUUACCAAGCAGAGAGACCAUUUGAUGAUAAAAAAUCUCCUGUUGCUUUCACUACUUCUGAUACGGAAUCUGCUAUGUUGGUAAAAGAGAGAGAAAGCAGUUGUAACAAGGGGGAGAAAGGAGCUCCUCAUUCUCCUAGGAGAGACGAAAGAGCUGAUAUACCUGUUCAGAGAGCAGAGGAACUGUGUAAUACCCUUGAUCUAUAUGGUGUCAUAAGGCACAAGAAAAGGCAAUUUAAGUGUACAGUGUGUGACUGUGUACUCUGUAGUAAAUACGCACUGUAUGAUCAUUUGAAAGGAAAGAAGCAUAAAAAAAAACUAGUAACUGCAAAGAACAGUUCUGCUAAAGGGGCUGGAAUUUCACAAAGCAGCUUUGAAAGUACCGAUACUGCUGAAACAGAGUGUUCUGCAGUUGCCUGCUCACGUACAGAUUUUGUUCCAAGUAACAGCUGUGAAAGUACAGCAUCUAUUCCUGUGUGUUCUGCUGUUUCCUGCUCACCUUUGAAUACUGUUCCAAAUAACAGUUGUGAAUCUGUUUCUGUGUAUUGUGAUGUUUCCUGCUCACUUGCUGACACUACUACUAUUGUAGAGAACACACACCAGAUAAUAUCAACAAAACAUGCAGUCAGAUUAGAUGAUAUAUGGACAUAUUUUCGUGCACCAUUUCACAUUAACAAAAAAUUCUUCAGGAUUCAUUCAGGGAAAGUAGUUUGCUCCCUUUGUAAUGAAAAGAUAGAGAGAUACUUACUCGGUGUAAAGACACACAUUUCUAAAUUAAGUCACUUAAAUCGGAUAACUGUAUUACAAAACAUAGAACUGGCAAAUAAGUCCUCAAGUAAACGGCUGUUGAAUAUACCAGGUAUUGUAAACAAUAUUAUUCCUAGAAGUCAGUUUAGUUUGACAGACAAUGGUUUUUUUUGUAGUGUUUGCAAAUGUUUCUGUGAAAAUACAAUUGUAUUAAGUCAUAUGACAAGUGCAAGUCAUGGCGAAAAGCUAGAGGAAAUGAGAAAAUCAAUGGAAAGCAAAAUGGAAGCAACUCGGGCAAGAAAAAAAAGGAAGAGAGGAUUACAUCACUUAAGAGCUAUACAGAACUGUCGCCAGCAGGCACGUGUUUAAAGGGACACCAUGUGGCAAAGUGAAACGAAAAUUAGCAAUGUGAUGAGUGUUUAAGAUUAAGUGAAAACAUCAAAGUGAAAUAGGGAAACAGUAAAUGGAAUAAAUAGCUAUUUAACGAAGAGUGGUGGACUGGGAUAAAGUUUUCAAAUAGGUUGCUUUCGCAGGAGCAAUUUUGAACUUGUUGGGAGGUGUUGACAGUACAUUUUGGAUUUAUGUACAGAGUUUUAUGUGCUUUUUCCUUACAUAAUAUUUAGUUACCUGUUCCCACACACUUUUAAUGUAAAUAUUAUUUUUUGUUGUUUAUAUUAGUUUGUAGUUUUUGUUGUUAUCAUAUGUAAGAUUUUGCUUUAAAGCUGAAUUCAUCAUUCAUUUUGUUGUAGUAACAUUUUCUCUUUCUUAUACAUUUACAUGCCAUCUGUUUACUCAUAUGUGUUGUACAUAUAAUUCUGUUGUUAUCCAUUCAAAAUUUCGCAAUGAGAAAACCAGCUACUUUAGAAAAGAAUGCUCUGGUUCUCUUACACUAC